AAUUACGGUCAGCGUUAACUUAGCAAUGAAGCGCUAUUUAAACUUUAUCCGCGUUAAUUACUAAUAAUUAAUGAUUGAAAAUAUUUAUAUCAAGCGAUAAAUCAAUAAACUAUAAUUAUUAAUCGCGUGCAAAAUUAUUAAUUUUUCACCGGUUGUCGACGCUUUUUUAACUGCUAACUGUUUUCUUUAUUUCGGAAUCGGUCGAAUGACAAGCAUUUUUCGUAAACAAGAAUACAAUCUUGAUUGAACUUUUACUUUGGAAGAGAAUAUAAUUUAAAAUGGAUCUUUUUGCUACUCAAAAUAUUGAAGGUUAUGGCAAGCCGAAGCAAUUGAGCUUCAAUCCUUAUGAGAAUAAUGAAGGGAGCAUUGUUGCAAUAAGAGGUGAUGAUUUUGUGGUAAUUGGUGCUGAUACAAGGCUCUCAACUGGCUACAGUAUUUUAUCUCGGGACUGUCCAAAACUUUUCAAGUUGUCAAAUAAAACCAUUAUGGGUUUAACUGGAUGCUGGUGUGAUGCUCUCACUCUUUCUAGGCUUGUUGAAGCUAGGAUGAAGAUGUAUAUGCACGAGCACAACAAACAAAUAAGUACUCCUGCGCUUGCUCAGUUGCUCUCAUCUUUGUUAUAUUAUAAAAGAUUCUUUCCUUAUUAUGUACAUUCUGUGGUAGCUGGUUUAGAUAAUGAAGGUAAAGGUCGUGUUUACUCUUAUGAUUCUGUUGGCCACAAAUCUGAAACAAGUAACAUAGCAUUUGGUUCAGCCGCUCAUCUACUUCAGCCAUUGUUGGAUAAUCAGAUUGAUGGAAAAAAUAUUGGUGAUGUUGUCCCAAAGAAAGAGCCUAAAAUUAACAUAGAUGAUUCAGUUACUAUAAUAAAGGAUGUGUUUACUUCAGCUGCUGAAAGAAAUAUAUAUUGCGGUGAUAGUGUUUUGAUGUACAUUCUCUCUGCAGAUGGUUUGAAAGAAAUGUCAUUCUCUCUUAGGAAGGAUUAAAUAUUCAUAUUUGUAUACAUAUGCCUUUUUUUUCUAAUAAAAUAUCAUUGUUUAUUUAA